GGCUGCCCUGACCUGGCCGCUACCUCCCUCCGCGCGCCCCGCCGCCCGGGCCCCUGGGGUGUUCCCCAACCACGGCCCAGCCCCGCCACACCCCCCGCCCCCGGCCUCCGCAGCUCGGCAUGGGCGCGGGGGCGCUCGCCCUGGGCGCCUCCGAGCCCUGCAACCUGUCGUCGGCCGCGCCGCUCCCCGACGGCGCGGCCACGGCGGCGCGACUGCUGGUGCCCGCGUCGCCGUCCGCCUCGCCGCUGACCCCGACCAGCGAGGGCCCCGCGCCGCUGUCGCAGCAGUGGACGGCGGGCAUAGGCCUGCUGAUGGCGCUCAUCGUGCUGCUCAUCGUGGCGGGCAACGUACUGGUGAUCGUGGCCAUCGCCAAGACGCCGCGGCUGCAGACGCUCACCAACCUCUUCAUCAUGUCCCUGGCCAGCGCCGACCUCGUCAUGGGGCUGCUGGUGGUGCCGUUCGGGGCCACCAUCGUCAUGCGGGGCCGCUGGGAGUACGGCUCCUUCUUCUGCGAGCUCUGGACCUCGGUGGAUGUGCUGUGCGUGACGGCCAGCAUCGAGACCCUGUGUGUCAUCGCCCUGGACCGCUACCUCGCCAUCACGUCGCCCUUCCGCUACCAGAGCCUGCUGACCCGCGCGCGGGCGCGGGCCCUGGUGUGCACCGUGUGGGCCAUCUCGGCCCUGGUGUCCUUCCUGCCCAUCCUCAUGCACUGGUGGCGGGCCGAGGGCGACGAGGCGCGCCGCUGCUACAACGACCCCAAGUGCUGCGAUUUCGUCACCAACCGGGCCUACGCCAUCGCCUCGUCCGUCGUGUCCUUCUACGUGCCCCUGUGCAUCAUGGCCUUCGUGUACCUGCGGGUGUUCCGCGAGGCCCAGAAGCAGGUGAAGAAGAUCGACAGCUGCGAGCGCCGCUUCCUCAGCGGCCCGGCGCGGCCCCCCUCGCCCGCGCCCGCGCCCGGCUCCCCGCGCCCCGCGGCCGCCGCCGCCGCCGCCGCCGCCGCCGCCCCGCUGGCCAACGGGCGCAUCAGCAAGCGGCGGCCCUCGCGCCUCGUGGCCCUGCGCGAGCAGAAGGCGCUCAAGACGCUGGGCAUCAUCAUGGGCGUGUUCACGCUCUGCUGGCUGCCCUUCUUCCUGGCCAACGUGGUCAAGGCCUUCCACCGCGACCUGGUGCCCGACCGCCUCUUCGUCUUCUUCAACUGGCUGGGCUACGCCAACUCGGCCUUCAACCCCAUCAUCUACUGCCGCAGCCCCGACUUCCGCAAGGCCUUCCAGCGCCUGCUCUGCUUCGCGCGCCGGGCCGCCCGCGGGGGCCACGCGGCCGCCGGCGACCGGCCGCGCGCCUCCGGCUGCCUGCCGGGGACCCGGCCGCCGCCGUCGCCGGGGGCCGCCUCGGACGACGACGACGACGACGACGACGUCGGGGCCGCGCCGCCCGCGCGCCUGCUGGAGCCCUGGGCCGGCUGCAACGGCGGGGCGGCGGCGGCGGACAGCGACUCGAGCCUGGACGAGCCGGGCCGCCCCGCGGGCGCCUCGGAAUCCAAGGUGUAGGGUCCCGCGUCCGCCGCCCGCGCCCCGGGAGCGAGAACGCCCAGGCGCCCCCACUGGCUUCCCAGGGGAGAGAGAUCCGUGUUUACGCAAGCCCCAGAGCAGGUGAACUCAAAGCCCGCAAACCUGGUCUGAAUCCUCCAAGGCGAACGCAAAAGCCACGGACCGUUGCACAGAAAGGAAAGUUUGGGGAGGGCUGGGAGAGUGGCUUGCAGAUUUGUCUUGGUUCUUUUUUUCUGUGCGUGCUUCGGCCUUCUUUGGUGUGUGCGUGUGAUGCAUCUUCCGUUUGGGGGGGUUGUCUCCCCCCCCCACCCCCCCACCCCCACUUCCAGGUGGUUUUUGACACUUGCUUCGAGGACUGGGUAGUAGAAAGGAGAAGCAGGGAGUCUAUCAACUGGGCUUCUGUCCCAUUCCCGGGAACAGGAGCAGUCAACCGGAGAGAGAAGGGGGAAUGACAGUUGUCAGGACAUGUUCCCUUUGCUUUCCAGAGAAAGUUCCUGUUAAUUCCUGAGUAAUGAUGGUUCCUGUUCUUAAAGCAGAGGGAAAGGAUGGAUGCGAAGGAACGUUUCAAGAAAUUUUAAGCUAUUCUUGGAACAAGCGUCACCUUGCUUUCUGUUUGUAGGGCAAACCUGCAGUCCCCGCGCGCCUCGGUGGUCAGGCUGAGGGGUUUCUACCUCACACUGUGCAAAUUGCACAGCAAGAUAGAAAGACUUGUUUAUAUUAAACAGCUUAUUUAUGUAUCAAUAUUAGUUGGGAGGACCAGGCGCUGAGCCUCUGUGACACGUAACUCUGUCCAUUGAAGACAGGACAGAAAAAGAAAAACAAAAACAA